AUGGAUGUGCAAAGUAUAGGGGAUCUAGGGAGUAACAUAGUAGAGGGACAGUUCGAUGAUGCAGACUUGGUGACUCGGCUCUCCGAUCCCAUCCAAAAUGUUAGCAUAAGGGAGGUUAGCAAUGAAAGGUCCAGUUCUGAUUCAGAAUCUUACGAUGAGGAAGAUGCAUACGAGGAAGGAGUUGACUGGAUUGAUCCUGAUGAAGCGAGCAAGGGACAUUGGACUGGAAGUCAAGGACCAAAUCAUCAAAAAAUUAGUGAAAAACUCUCCCAUUACCAACCAGCUGGCACAUUGUUCUCCAAGUAUCUGCAUCAAAUCAAGGUAGAAAAGUAUGAGGGCCCCACCUUGGAAGGAUUGGCUGGGAACUACUUGGCAUCAGAGAAUAAGAAGAUGGAAGCAAAUCGUUAUAGGGUUCGUGACAAGGAACAACGAGCCACAGUUGAGCAGGUGAUGGACCCUCGAACCAGAAUGAUUGUGUUCAAGCUUCUCAAUCAAGGUGUCAUCACAUCAAUUAAUGGAUGCAUUUCAACUGGAAAGGAGGCUAAUGUGUACCAUGCCACUUCUAUGAAUGGAGACCUGGCUAUAAAGAUCUACAAGACAUCCAUACUGGUCUUCAAAGAUAGAGAUAAAUAUGUCACUGGAGAAUUUCGCUUUCGGCAUGGUUACUGUCGACACAAUCCAAGGAAGUUGGUGCGCACAUGGGCUGAGAAAGAAAUGCGAAAUUUGAGUCGUCUGCAUCAGGCAGGAAUCCCUUGUCCGAAGCCUGUAGUACUGAGAAGUCAUGUGCUAGUCAUGCAUUUCAUUGGAGAAAAUGGUUGGCCAGCUCCACUCCUGAAGGAUGUUAAGAUUUCUGAAUCCAAAGCUCGUGAACUAUAUUUGGACUGUGUAAAGAUUAUGCGAAACCUGUAUCAUCAAUGUAAGCUUGUACAUGCUGACCUGAGUGAGUUCAACCUUCUAUACCAUGAAGGAAAAGCUUAUGUGAUUGAUGUAUCUCAGUCAGUGGAACAUGAGCAUCCCCAUGCACUUGAGUUUCUCAGGAAGGACUGCACUAAUAUUACUGCCUUCUUUCAGAAGAAAGGUGUCUGUACUAUGCGUGUUCGAGAGCUCUUUGAUUUCAUAACGGAUCCCAACUUGGGAGCAGAGGGUAGAGAAAGUACAGAAGCAUACUUGGAGAGGAUGGAAACAUUGGCCCUUGAGCGUGCCUCUCAGGGACAUUAUGAUCCAAUGGAAGACAUUGAGGAAGAAGUCUUCAAGAAAACCUUCAUUCCUAAGAGCCUUGAUGAAGUAACACACGUUGAAAAUGACAUCAUGCAACUUCGGGCUGGAGAAGCACAAGACUUAUAUUACCAAACUGUAGUAGGAAUGAAGGGAGGAGACACAAAUGAGGAUGAUGGUGAGUCAUCUGGAUCUGAAAGCUCUUGUUCUCAGAUGUCUGGUGAAUCAAGCAAGGAUGAUUCCCAAGGUGAAGACAAGAACAUAAAACAGGUCUCUAGUGCACGACCUAGAGAUGAAUCUCCAAACAGUAAGAAGGAGAGGAAAAAUGCAGUGAAGGAAGCCAAAAGAGAGAAGAGGAAGGAAAAGAUGAAAAAGCAUUUAAAGAAGAGGUUGGAAAAGGUGGGCAAAAAGAAUGCAAAAAAGAAGUGA